UGAAAGCAGAGCUCUUGUUCUGCAAAGUUAGGUGGGUGUGGCGCGAACAUCACCAGACUUCCAAUAAACGCAGGCUCCUUCAGGACCUCAGAGGAACUAAAGAUGGCGCGCCACCUUUUAGCUGUUUUGCCUUUGCUCCUCUGUGCAAGUUUGUAUUUCACUCACGCAACGGCUCAGGAGUCAGCACCUCCGUCGCCGGAAGCAUAUGAUGUGAAUACGGAGCUCGAGAAGCUUAAAGGGUGGAAGGCGUAUCUGCUUGCGGAAGUUGACAAGUAUAAGGCAGAAGUGGAGAAGGCCCAGACCGCACUGCAGGCAGAGCAGCAACGCACGGCUGAGCUCACCUCGCUCGUGGAGCAGUGGAAGCAGGCCUCUACCGCUGCCGAGGCGAAGGCCGCUAAUGCCGAGGCGAAGGCUGCAGAUGCUGAAGCCAAGGCCGCGGCUGCCGAAGCAAGGGCUGCAGCUGCCGAAGCCAAGGCCGCCGAGGGAACCCACUUCAGCGCCCAAGUUGAGCAGCUUCAAAGGGAUGCAGUGGCUGCUCAGGCCAAGGUUGCGGAGGCUGAGGUCAAGGCCGCCGAAGCGGCUAAGAAGGCGGCUGAGGCAGAGGCCCUGGCCGCGUCGCACGCCCAGUACCACACCCAGAUGAGCGCUCAGGUUGAGAAGCUCAAGCAAGACCUUGCCGCGGCGGAGUCGCGGAUUUCAGCGCACGCGGCGUCGGCGGACGCCUCGAACGGCGAGGCUGCGCUGCUACGUAAGCAACUCGCUGACGCGGUUGCUGAGCGUCAGGCCCUUGAUGAUCGGAUUACGGAGCUGGCAAGCGCAGCGACCAAGGCCGGCGGUCUGCGCGGUCAUGCCUUGGCAAUUUACAACAUUCUGCUGGAGGAAGUGGCACGUCAUCACGAGAACGCUCUCAACUACGCCAAUGAGAAGCUGCCUGGCUUCAAGGCUAAGGUGGCGGAGGUUCACGCGACCUUCUCGUCCCAGAUGCCAAACGUGACUGGCCACGUGGGCAAGUUUGUCAACAACGUAGAUGGGGAGCUGAGGCCGUGGCUGCGACAGACCCUUGGGUCAGUCCCUGCUCUGAAGCCGUACAGCGAAGACCCCGUGGUCCUGCAGGGCCUCGUCUACUUCGUCAUUGGUGCCCCGGUGUUGCUGCUGCUCCUGCCCCUGCUUUCUAUCAUCUUCCGGUGGGUGGAUGGGUGGCACCACAUAGUGGUUCCUACUACUACGAUAACUACUACUGCCGAACAACAACAGCACCCUGGAAAGCUGGUGGGCAUGCGCUCUUCUCCGGCCAUAUUCUUUGCUACCACGGACGUUGCUAUUGACAACGCCAGCGGCGGCAGCGCCCACGGAGCUUUAAGUCCCGACGAUCAGCCAACCCGACCUCUUAGACCUUCGAUUAGCCUCCAUGGCGGCCAGCAGCAACAGCAGGACGAGCGCUUGCAGCCCUGGGAGUCGGUUGACUCUCCCGUCUAA